AUGAAAAUUAAUAAUUUAGUGUCACAAGCAGUUAGCAAUCUCAAUAGUAAUGACAAUCAACCAAAAUCACGUUUAAUAAGAUGGGGAAUUAGAAAGAGAUUAGACAAUAUAAAUCAAAUAACUCAAGAUAUUGGAUUGAACCAACUAAAUUUAAAUAGUUCUGGUAAGAAUAUUUAA